AGCGUGACGAUUGACCCAACCUCCGACGAGAUGGCAUAUACAUACGUUGGAAUUAUGAUGAUGACGAUCUACGCAGCCGCUGCAACACAGAACCAACCGAUUCACAUCCCAGGAAUUAUCAUGAUCCCGGAAAUUCAAGCCGGCAUCACUGAAAGCACAUGGGCGUUAGGCUUUAGCGUCGACCUGACACAAAUCAAGGCGAGUAUCGAGAAAGUAAAGAGUACGCUCAUCGCGACAGCGAUGACAGUGAAGAGCGACGGACACCCAUUCGUGAUAACAACACGACUGGAGGGAUUUUUUCACGACCACCACUGGCUACAACUGAAAGUAGCGCACUUAGCAGAAGUAUUCGAGGGAAUUGAACGAUUGACAACAGACGAUAUAGCGAUCGCCCAGCAAUACCGCUGCGCGCUAAACGAUGCGCAACACUAG